AUGACAUCCCCACUUUUCCGAAUUGGACAGGUGCUUCGAGGCAAGUCAGGGAGCAACCAAGCCAAACAGCCCGUCAUCAUAAAAAGCGUCUUGGGUCACCCACGAGUAGAGAAUGAACGAGAUAUUCUAAACCGUUUCCAAAACAACACGUCUUGCUUGCGACCUUUACUAGACGAAAUCAAGGAUCCCCCUAAGCCCACUACUAUUGUCUUGAGACAUCUUGAGGAUGAUCUAUCCCGAGCAACGAGAAAAAGACCUCUAGGUCGAAAAGAGAUUAAUUUUGUUUCACGCCGGAUACUUGAAGCGUUGAGGUGUCUUCACGAGGGGGGAUAUGUACAUGCAGAUAUCAAACCGGAUAAUAUAUUUGUUAAUUACACAAAGAAAGCAGGAUUAGACAGUGAAGUACGAUUCUCCGAGAUCCAGCUGGGAGAUCUCGGUGGUUUAUGUCACAUUGAUUCAAAAUGGGCUACAUCGGGGACUCCCUUAGGGACACCUAUAUGGCGUAGUCCCGAAAUGGUCAUGGAAACCCCCUGGGGCACUCCAGCUGAUAUCUGGUCAUUCGGUGCCAUGUUGAUAUAUCUCAUCUACGGGGGCGAUUUCAACUUAUUCAACCCCACCACGGUACCAUACGACCAUGAAGAAUAUAGUCUGGAAGUAUUAAAACAACAAUUCAGAUAUUUUGGACCCUGGCCCGGGAAAUAUGAUGAGAUUGCGAGUCCUGAGACCGUACGUGCUAUUGUGUGGAUUAUGAGGGAGAUUCCCAAAUCGGAUACUACGCCGUUUUCGCUGGUAUCGGAGAAAGAAGUUCGUAAGGAAGAUAAACGAUUUAUUAUGGAUAUUAUGAAAAUGGACUGGAGGGAUAGGCCCACUGCUAGGGAGUUGUUGGAACAUGAUUGGUUUAGAGAGGGGGGUGUGGUGGAAGUGUGAAUCGCGCGGAGUUUAAGAAUGUAGUUGGGCAGGGCCUGGGGGUUUUUAAUCCUCUGACAGUGCUGCUGUAGGGUCCUGGGCUAUCUAUCUCGUACAUGGUUGUCGUUUAGUUAGCUCCUUUGGGGAUUCUGCUGAGGGUUAUCGAGGAAACCUGGUGUUCUCGCUUAGGCCCCAGCACAGUAACCUUGCCAAAAUACUUUUUGGCAGCUUGUUGCCUAAGAAAGGCCACUA